AUGUAUGGCAAUUGCGGCAAGAGAUCCGUCUUUGGCGCUCUGGUUCCAUGUCCUGCAAAUGUUAAGGCAGUGGCUCCUUCUGAAAAAACGAAAUCUUUGCUCUUCCUGAUAUGUGGUGAAGAUUUUCCUGUUGACAGUGGCGUUUGCUGCUCGUACGAUCAGUUGCUCAAUUUGGAGCUGAACUUGAAAAAAGCUGAGCCCUUGAUCAGCUCGUGUCCUGCUUGUCGGAAGAACUUUUUUGAUUUCUUUUGCAAGUUCACCUGCUCUUCCGAUCAGUCAACGUUUGUUGAAGUGAAUAAGGUCUCGGACGCUAUUGACACCAAGAAGAAAGUGGUAUCCGAAUUAACUAUCUACACUAACCCAAAGUACGCCUCGGACUUCUACGACUCGUGCAAAAGCAUCAAGUUCUCUGCCUCAAACAACUUGGCAAUGGACUUGAUAGGAGGUGGAGCCAAGAACUACUCGCAGUUCUUGAAGUUUUUGGGUGACGAGAAGCCUCUUAUCGGUGGCUCACCAUUUCAGAUUAAUUACGCCUAUGAUUUACCCGAGAAUGACAAGUCGGGUCUUCAGCUCAAUUUUGGGAAAAUGAGGGCUUGCGAUGAUGAGGUCUACAAAUGCGCUUGCUCAGAUUGUCCUCAAUCAUGUCCCACACUUCCAAAUUUUAAGAGGUUUGAUAGGAGAUGCCACGUAGGACGUUUGCCAUGUUUCUCAUUUGCCGUCAUCAUAGUAUGGAUCGUCAUCACACUAGUGAUUGGUGCUUAUCAUAUACAACUUGCGAGGCAGAAAAGGCACCAAAUCGAACAAUGGAAUAGGCUUGUGAGUGGUGAGGAGCAUGACACCUGUGCUCAUGAUGAUGCCCCACUAAUUGAUACACACAUAAGUCCAAGACCAGACGAAGAGUCGUUUCUACUGCAGCAAUGGGUUGAAUUUCGUGAAACUAUUAUUGAAAGGCUUGAGCAUACAUUUGCUUUUAUUGGCUUUCACUGUGCAAAGUUUCCAGCUAUAACCCUAUCCGUUGUGCUUUUGUCGUUAGUGCUAUGUUGCAGUGGACUAAGCAGACUUGAGUGGGAAACAAGUCCAGUACAAUUGUGGGUUAGCCCCCACGAGCCAGCUUUGCAUAACUUGCAAUUUUUCGAAGAGAAUUUUGGCGAGUGGUACAGAAUCGAGCAAAUUUUUGUUGCUAAUAGUGAUGAGAGCAAACCCAUCUUAUCUUGGAAGAACCUUCAAUGGUGGUUCGAGAAGGAGCAGGAACUUUACAAGCUUCGCAACGAAGAGAAUGACACACUCUCUAUAGAGGAAUUUUGUUUCAAACCUCUAGGAGAUUCAUGUGCCAUCCAGUCCUUUUCACAGUACUUCGGUGGAAACAUUGGAUAUCUCAACGAGAACGAUUGGGCAAAGAAACUUUCAUCUUGCGCGGAAACCCCUGUCGAGUGCCUCCCACCUUUUCAGCAGCCUUUGAACAAAAAUCUUUUGUUUUCCCUGAGUAAAAUAUUGGAGUCGAAGGCUUUUGUCGUCACGCUUUUGCUUGAGAGUGAUUCCAAAAAUGAAGAAUACACGAAAAGAGUCAUUAAUUAUGAACAUUCAUUGCAAUCUUGGAUCAAAAAGCUACAGGCAGAGAGGCCGGAUCUUAAAAUCUCCUUUAGUACUGAGACAUCAUUAGAGGAGGAGCUCAACCAGUCAACAAAUACAGACGUCAAGAUUGUUGUCAUCUCAUACUUAAUGAUGUUCUUUUAUGCCUCCUUGGCUCUAGGUGGCAGAAUUCCAUCCUCUUUGGCGCCCAGAACAUUUAUCAAAACAAGGUUUUUAUUGGGCUUGAGUGGUAUCGUCAUCAUUCUUCUCUCAGUUUUUUCUUCCGCCGGACUUUGUGCUUUCCUUGGACUCAAGUCUACUUUAAUUAUCGCUGAAGUUAUUCCAUUCCUUGUGUUGGCUAUCGGCGUAGACAAUAUAUUCUUGAUUGUUCAUGAGUUGCACAAGAUAACGGAGUCCCUUCCUGAUGUGGAAAUUGAAUCAAGGAUUUCAUUAGCAUUGCGAAAGAUUGGUCCAUCUUGUUUCAUUAGUGCAUUUCUCCAAGUCCUGAUGUUUUUACUCGCUACUACAGUGCAAAUGCCUGCGGUCAGAAAUUUUGCCUUCUAUUCUGCCGGCGCUGUAACCGUGAACUUCUUAUUACAAAUUUCAGCAUUCAUUUCCAUUCUUGCGUUAGACCAGCAUAGGCUCGAAAGUGGCAGAGUUGACUGUAUACCUUGGGUUCAAUUGAAUAAUCAAAUCGAAGUCAGCGAAGAACCACAAAACACUCACAUUGAGUAUGAUUUUUCAGGCUAUAUCAAGAAAUCAUAUGGCCCUUGGCUUCUUAAACCAUCUAAUAAGAGGAAGAUCCUCUCUGUUUUCUUAUUAUGGCUUGGGGUAUCCUUGACUCUUUUGCCAAGCAUCGAGCUUGGGCUAGACCAGACUAUUGCCCUUCCAUCUUCUUCUUAUUUGAUUGAUUAUUUUGACAGUGUUUACAAAUACUUGAACGUGGGCCCACCAGUGUUCUUUGUGAUCAAUGAUCUCGAUGUAACAGAGAGGAAAGGACAACAAGCGAUCUGCGGUAAAUUCUCAACGUGUCAAGAGUUUUCUCUUGCCAACAUCUUAGAGCAAGAAUUCAAAAGAGCAGAUGCUUCUACAAUUGCUGAACCGGCAUCCAAUUGGUUAGAUGACUUCUUAAACUGGCUAAACCCUGCACUUGAUCAAUGCUGUCGUUUCAAGAAGUCUUCUUUCGGCGAGGAAUUUUGUGCUCCGAAUACCCCAGAGAGACAAUGCAUACCAUGUUACUCUGAUCACAAUCCACCUUACAAUAUCCUGAUGGAGGGUCUCCCUCAGGGUGAAGAAUUCAUGAAAUUCUUUAAGCAGUGGAUAAACGAGCCCAGUGAUCCUUGUCCUUUGGGUGGAAAAGCCCCAUACUCAAGCUCUAUCAAGUACAACAAGACUCAUAUCGAAUCAAGUUACUUCAGAACUAGUCACACGCCGAUGAGGUCUCAAAAAGAUUUCAUUGUGGGUUUCAGGAACGCAUUAAGAGUCACUCAAGAGAUCAAGAACUACUUAGGAGAGAGAAUUGAUGUGUUUGCAUUCUCUCCAUUCUACGUAUUUUUUGUCCAAUAUCACACGAUCAUCUCACUUACCUUUGAAACUUUGGCAUUUGCUGGUGUCAUCAUUUGGCUAGUCAGCAGCAUUCUUUUGGGACUGAUUCGCACCGCUACAAUCAUGGUGGUUACAGUUUCAAUAAUUCUUGCCAACAUUGGCGGCGUUAUGGCUUUAUGGUCGAUUUCUUUGAACGCAGUUAGUUUGGUCAACUUGAUAAUUUGCCUCGGGCUUGCGGUCGAGUUUUCUAUACAUAUUGCAAGAGCCUACUUGACAUCUAAAAGGGAUGAUGAAGAGGAAGACGACUUGUUUGACAGCUUCAUGAAUAGCGGUGACGUGUUCUUGCAAGAUUCAAAAACAGCGAGCACAUACAAGGCAUUGUGUCAAGUAGGCGGAUCUGUACUUGGAGGCAUCACCAUCACCAAAUUCAUAGGUAUCACCGUGCUUGCCUUCACAAGAUCAAAAAUAUUCGAGGUUUACUAUUUCAGAAUGUGGCUUGCCUUGGUUGUCAUCGCAGCCACACACUCACUCGUUUUGUUGCCGAUCUUGCUCAGUAUGUUUGGUGAAAUAUAG